AUGGAGGAGGUCGAGGGAGCAACGACUGGGGCACAAAAGCUCAUGACCUACGAGGAGGUGAAGAAAAUAUGCAGAGAAAGCAACCUCUACGAAACGGACGAGCUGAACGAAGUUCUCUACCUACACAUGAAGGGCUUCCACAACAUCGGCGGCCUGGCUUCCUUCACCAACCUCAAGUGCCUCUUCCUUAACAACAACUGCAUAAGGGAGAUUGGAAAUCUGAGCGGACUCACCAAUCUGCGGGCCCUGUACCUCCAAAACAACGACAUCAGCUGCAUCGAAAAUAUAGAAUGCACAUCCCUGGUGAUUCUAAACCUAGCGAACAACAAAAUUAGGAGACUUGGGAACCUGGGUCACCUCAAGGGACUCCAAACACUGAAUGUGUCUCACAACCUUAUUGAACAGAUCGAGGACAUUGAAGAAGUUGCUAAACUCAAGAGUCUAUCCCACCUGGACUUAUCGGACAACCACUUGAACUUCCACGAUGGGAUAGACACGGAUAGACUGAAGGAGUUUUUGCACGACGUGGAGGGGGACCCAUCCGGUGGGCAUCACCAUUUGGGGGUAGAGGAUAAGGAGGAAAUAUCACUUCACGAGGUUACCACGUUGGGUGGUGUCCCCCCCCUUGGUGGAUCCACCUUUUUUGAGGAAUUUCUACACCUCCGUGAGGAAUCCCCAGAGGAUAGGUGCGAAAAGGAACCCCCCAGAAAAGUAAAGUAUCACCAAAAUGUUGAACCGAUGGACCAACUAACACGGAAGAAAAUUAUAUUCCUGUGUGAACUGAUUAUUGUGUUAAGACAACUGGCGAAGUUAAGAACUCUCCUCGUUAAAAACAACCCCUUCGUCAGCAAAAUCAGACACGCCUCUAGGUACCUGGUUGCCAACAUCCCCAACCUGAUCUUCCUGGACGACAAGAAAAUAAAGAAGGAGGAUGUCUGCCUGGCGAGGAUCUUCCUUAAAAGGGGACCCGCGCAAGAAAUGGAACUCAAAAAAAUAUUCGAAAAAAGAAAAAUGGAAAAGUAUAAAAACUUAUCAGAGAAGUUUCAUGCGUUUCUGAUGGCUCAAAGUGGAGGCUCCUGA